AAGCGAAAAGCGGCACCGUUAUCAAGCACGGCAUCGAGCGUGACGGCAUCGAUCAUCCCGAUGAGGAGGAGAACCGCCUUUCGGUCGAGAAGAUCGCGACAAGUCGCGCCGGCGGCGUCGAAAUCGUCGGCUUGCUUCGCGGCAACGAUAACGUAACGGGAAGUCUCGAGGAUGUGACAACACACAUUGCUUUCGUGACCGAUUACGCGAACUCGACGAAAGAUACGUUCGUUACGACGGAGGAAGGUCAUUUCGACAAUACGUCAAAGAAAUAUACGGGAGACCAGGUAACGAUGUUUGCUUCAAGGAGAAUCGAGUACUCGGAUGAACAGGCGGAAGAGGCGACGUCGGACGUACUACGAGGACGAGGAACAAACGAAUCCGCGAUGGAGAAGCCGAAAACCGACUGGCUUACGGUUAUGUCGGUUGAGAAGAAAGAAAACGUCAUAGAAGUGAAAUACGACGAGCAAAGAAACGUGGAAGACAUCAGAGCAAUUUCGUUUCAAGUACCGCCACCGGACGAAGAGAGGGUAGAGGAUUAUCAGGAUAACCGACAGCAACAGGGAGUAAAAUCGAGCGUCGACCAGCUGGACGAAACGAGAAGGCUCGUCGAGACGAGAAAGAAUCAAUCCAGGCCGACGAACAAUUUGCUGUUAACCGGCAAGUCGACAAAGGCCUUCUACGAAAUAAAACCGUCGAUCAGAACGUUGGAAACGCCGGAACGCAGUCGCGACCAUCAGCUGCAGCCGACCACCCACAGAACGCUGUCGGGCAGACGGUUCGUUUUGCCAACCGUGGACAGCGCCAUCGGGAAAUUCGGUCCGUACUUCGAGGACGGCAAUCAGGAGACGAACGUUACAGCGAGAAUCGGCAGUACCGUUUUGCUCGACUGCAAGAUCGGCAUGCUGGGCGACAAAAAGGUAACGUGGCUGCAACAUAGCAAGGACUCCAUUCGUUUGCUGACAGUGGGCAGAAUACAGUACAGCAACGACCAAAGAAUUAGUCUUAAUUUUCGAUAUCCCAGCAAUUGGAGAUUACAAAUCGUGUACGCCAGUCCGCGCGAUUCGGGAUUGUACAAGUGCCAAAUUGCCACCCAUCCGCCGCUGGUUAAGGAAAUCAAUGUCAUCGUUACGGCACCGACUCUAACAAUCAGCGACGAUUCCGGGCGUAUCUAUUCCAAGGAGAGGCAUCUGAAGGCGGGCAGUAUCCUCAGGCUCAGGUGUGAGGCCAGAGACGUGCUCGAAUCGCUCAACGAGUCCGUCGUUUGGACUAGGGGAGAUGAGACGCUCACCGAGGAUGUUAGCGAGAACAGGACGAUGGAGAUCACAGCGGGCAAGGAGGUUCUCGUGAUAGUCAGUACCCUUAUCGUAGAGAGAGCCAGCCCGAGGCAUGCCGGAAACUAUAGCUGCAUGGUACCCGGCAAGGCAAAGACCACCAUCGCGGUUCACGUUCUCAAUGGUGAAUUGCCAGCCGCGGUACAUGACGGCAACGGAGUUUCAAGAGCCUUCCUUAAUCUGUGGCUGAUUCACCUGACGAUGAGUUAUAUCUUCACCAGAUGACAGUACUAAGAUUAUUGCAGAGCAGCUCCACUGUGAUCUGGAAGCAACGACGUAAAUUGGCGCAAUAGGUGUGCGAAGCAGCGAAUGUUCACCGAGAAUGCAUCGUCCACUUCACCGGCAAAGUGAUACGCGUAAAAUUACGUGAUCCUGUCCAUCGAUAAGGUCUCGGACGGUAUCGCGUAACACACACCAUCACGACGACGUUUCGUGUCGUCAAAGUUUGCGAUGCACGUUAACGGCGUGUGUGUUGUGUCGAAAUUUCGAGUAACCUGGAAAAUGUAUGUACGGUGAGAAAUUUUAAAAGUCAUCGAAAUACACAUAUAUAUAGUGAAUAAAACGUUUUUCAAGACGAGAGAAAAUAAACUUUUAACUCCGUCUCGGAAAAGAUGACAAUUCUUUAUCGGACAAACAAAAAAAAAAAAAAAACAAAACAAAAAUAGAUAGGACAGAAGAUACUUUAUCGAGAAGAAAAGAAUUUAUAAAAGUGGGCCACACGUUAUAGAGUGUACAGUUUUAUUAACUCGCUUCUCCGUUGAAUGUGUGUUACGUUGCGAGCGAGUCUUCUCUUUAUGAAGAUUUUUGACGUUUGCCGUUGUUUGUCGGUAAAUGACGCGACGGAAAAAUUUAUGCGCGUGUCUAUGUGAUAACAAAACCAAUAAAAAAUAUUGUGCGGAUAUAAUCGGUUUUUGAAAACUUCGUCGCACACGAUGCGAAUCGGUGCAACGCAUUUCCGUUCAUCAUCAAUCGCCGGGUACUCGUUAUAGUUUUCUUUUGAUGUGAAGCUAAAUUUAUAUUCUUCUUUUAUCAAAAGUCAAACGUUUUACUCACAAAAAAAGAAGCAACAAAAAAAAUCCACGUCACUUCAGUUAAUUCUUUAUGACCAACAUGGCUGCUCUUCGAAGAGCACACAGCGCUCUUCACGUCAUUGCUGCUCGAGUAUCAGAAGUAGACGCAAGUAUCGGUUCGCUGCGCUGCUUUAGUUGUUAAUCGGAUCGAUAACUGGAAAAAAUUCCAGAAUGAAAGGAACGAAACGCGACAUUUUCUUUUUUCUUUCUGCGCCGUUCUCUCUUUCUCUUCCCGUUUACUCUUGCAAAUUUAUUCCGCGAAAAUCACCGACUCAAAACUGGACGAUUUCUACCACUCGAAAAUUCCAUCGUGAAUAAUUCGCGUCGCUCCGCGUCGCCGGAGCGGAGCGGAAAACGACGGAAAAGAGAAAGCGUGAAGAAGAGAGAAAGAGAGUGAGAGAGAAAGGAGAGAGAAGAGUUUGCGCGAAGAAUCGCGAGCGAAACUAACGACAUGUCGCACGGUCGUAUGCCUAACCGAAUAAACUUGUAGAACAACCUUGUUAUAACUUCCAGGCAAUAAGCGAAAUCCAAAGGUCGAGACUUCUACCGAGAUGUUCGGACUUGAUGCAAGUGUACAGGGUGUCCUGAAAGUACAUAUAUACAUAUAUAUAUAAUAUAUAUAUAUAUAUAUACGUAAUAUACGCGUUACAUAUCUG